AUCGAGAGGUUUACCUCCUCCUAUACCAGCAUGCCUGGCCAUACAUCCCACGGAUGGCGUCUGGUAGAAGAAUAUCCUAACACGUCCAUCUAUCGUCGGCCUCUUGGGAAUACGGAACUAGGCUUUUAUUGGGACUCCGUAUUCUCAGGAACAGCGAUCACCAUUAGCCACGAUGAGAUUGUGGCAGAGGAAGGUUUCGAAAGAGCUUUGUUCGAAGAAGCGAAUGUGACGAGGGCAUGGCUCCGUAUGAAGCAACGUUUCCCUCUCUUGGGUGCAUUGGUCGACGAAUCUCCGGAUUCCAAUACGGUUGAAUUUGUCGUGGAAGAAGCCUUGUUACGCUCGCAGCGCCAAGGAGAAGUCCGUUACACGGAAGUCAAGGACUCAGCAGGGAUCAGAAGUCUAACAAACGAACUACUUAAUGGUCCUCCGACGGUCUCGAAAGACCUUACUGUACAAUUAUUGGUUGUGAAGCAGGAGGACGCACCGCGUCUUUAUCAUGUCCUCGUCUGUGCACUACACUCAAUUACAGAUGGGGUUGCUGGUGUUACAAUUAUUCGAGAAUAUCUCCAGGAAUUGUCAAGUUUAAACAAGAGCGAAAUCAUCCAGGGCCUUCCUCUUGCGGAUCGGCUGGCAAUGAUUGUACCCAUCGAAGAUUUGGAUCCGAUGCUUACUGCCAGUCCGACACGGAGGAAAUGGAGGAAAGCAAUCGCGAAAGUCAUUGUGAAUAUUCGCAGAACAAAACACACUGGUGGACACACGCUCCCCAUUCGGCCGGGGACAAAUCCUGGAAAGCCAGCGCACUCUCGCUCUAUCGUUCUAUGGCUUUCCGAGGAUAUGUCGAACCAAGUCAUGAACACCUGUCGGGCACAAAGGGUCACCUUCGGCAAUGCACUAGCAGUCCUAAGUCAAGUCUCAGUGUCCCGCCUUUUGCAUAGUAAACGAAAUACACUUGAUGGAUCUGGUAAAUCCCUCAUCAGCGACGACGAGUGGGAGCGUCGCCGCAGAGAGCCUAUGUAUUUCGGUGGUCCAAUAAACUUUCGCCCGUAUCUUGAUCGCACGUGGUAUGAGAAAGGCGGUGCAUUCGAGAUUUGCCUUGCUAUUUCAUUCAGCUCCUUCGUGCUCCCAUUCAUGCCUACUCCAAGUUCGAAAUCCAGCAGCGAGUUAAACUAUGCCACUAGACGAUCAGGGCAAGAUAGCCUUCCUUCCUUUUCGUUAUUCCUUUCUCCGGAACGCUAUUUCUAUCGUGUCCGUUUCAUACAAGCCCAGAGCGACGCACUCCUAAGGCACCCACUCUUCUACGAGAUACAUAACACAAAUGUCCCGAACCGCGUGUCCCUGGCGAGAGCAGCAGCAUUAACAUGGCGUGCAAACCAGUCUGAUGAUGCCCCAAGUACUUACAAUCACUCGCCGUUCAGAUACACAAAUAUUGGAUCAAGCCUUGGUAAUCGAGACUUGAUUCUACCGCGCGAUUAUCCAAUUCGCAAGACUCCCCAUGACAGAGAUUAUCCAAAACCGCUAUUACAUAUAUUGAAUUCAACUGUACAUUUGCGCUGCCGGCCGUCAGAACUUUAUCUCGGUGCACUCAUGUCGAAGAGGCGCAUUGCGUUCAUCAGCUAUGCUGAUAUAAACACGUAUGAUGAAGACGAUGUGAAAGAAUGGGUGGAGGGUGUGCGUGAGGCUUGCGUUCACUACCUUGGAACGGAGGGACGCGCAAUAAGCCCGAGAUUAUAG